AUAAUGCUUCUGCAAAUGAUGUGCUUGUUGACUUGCUUAAGAAUCAUCUUAAUUUGAAUAGUGCACUUGUGGACGAAGGUAGUUGUUUUCAUAUCCGUUGUUGUGCUCAUAUUCUUAACUUGGUAGUUCAAAUGGGGCUUAAAGAAAUAGAUGUUGUUGUUGACAAGAUUAGGGAGUGUGUCAAAUACAUGAAAGGAUCUCAAGCAAGAAAACAAAAAUUAUUGGAGUGUGUUGCACAAUAUUCUCUAGAUUCCAAAAGAGGUUUGAGGCAGGAUGUUCCUACUAGAUGGAACUCAACAUAUCUCAUGCUCGCAAGUGCCAUUUACUAUCAGCGUGCAUUUUGCCAGUUGCAACUUAGUGACUCGAAUUUUAAGCAUUGUCCUUCUCAAGAGGAAUGGGGUAGAGCGGAAAAGAUUUGCCAGUUCUUGAAAGUUUUCUAUGAUGCUACUUGCAUUUUCUCGGGUUCAAAAUAUCCUACAUCAAAUUUGUAUUUUCCAAAGGUUUGUGCAAUUCAAUUUCUCCUAAAUAAGGAGAUGAACAGUACUGAUCCUUUCAUGAGAAGGACGGCCACUCAAAUGAUGGUGAAGUUUGAUAAGUAUUGGUCGGAGCAUUCGGUGAUCUUGGCAAUUGCGGUUAUAUUUGAUCCUCGUUUUAAGUUUCAGUUGGUGGAAUAUUCUUAUGGAAAGCUUUAUGGUGAGUCAUCUAGUGAGGUAUUCACACAGUGUACACGAAUCCGGGAAAAGCUUUUUGGUCUCUUUAACGAGUACCAAUCUAAAGCCUCUUACAAACCGGAAGUUGUUCAAGGAAACAUUGUUCAAGAAAUCCAGGGCGAAUUCAUUGAGGAUUUUGAUGCAUUUGAGAGCCAUUCAUUUGUUUCUAGUGCACAAAAAAAUCAGCUAGAAUUGUAUUUGGAUGAGCCUAGGCUUCCAAGAAAUGAAAAUAUUGAUGUACUUGAAUAUUGGAGAGCCCACAAUUAUAGGUAUCCGGAACUUGCAUCGAUGGCUCGCGAUGUGUUGAGUAUUCCUAUUUCUACGGUUGCUUCCGAAUCUGCAUUUAGUGUUGGUGGUCGAGUUCUUGACAAAUAUCGGAGUUCUUUAAAGCCUUAAAUUGUUGAGGCUUUGAUAUGCUCUAGGGAUUGGUUGUUUGGAGGGGAAGAAAUCGACAACGUGAAGUUAGAUGAUGUCAUUGAAGGCAUAAUGAACUUGAAUCUAGACAACGAUCUGUCCGAAUCAGUGGGAUGUUCUAGUUCCGUGAUCAAUGUUGAACCUUGAUUAAAAGUAAGUAUUAUCUGCUACUUUGAUGGUGAUUGUUUUUAACUUUUUAUGGCAUGGCUCCUAAAUUGUGCAGCAAUGACUAGUCUA